AUGCUGAUGCCCUCAGCCUUCUCGUGCGAUGCGUCGCAGCAGCACUACCAGUCAUAUCCUCACACUCGCCUGCAGUCGGCCCUCUUCGCCUCGCCGCCCGCCAGCCCUCCUACCCUUGCCUCCGCGCCCGCCAUUGGCAACAUCUUCAACACCUGCCGCUCGCUGCAGUCUCUCCUCACAACACCACCACCACCAGAGCGCGCGCAAUUGACGCAGCUGCCCACACCGCCCAUGGCUCACGCGCCAUCGCCUAUCAAGCUCCGUCUGCGCCCUCGCGCGCCAAGGCCCGACAACUCCUCUGCCCCCGACUCCCGCCCUCGCAAGAAGAUUGUGAAGCGCGCGCCCCCCCCGGGGGGAAAAACAAGCGCCCGUCGCGGUGCCGACGAACGAACCUUGGCCGCAUUGGACCUCCCCCAGCGACGAUGA